UCUUAUUAUUUAAGGAUGGCUCUGAUACAGGCUUUGGAUCACCAGAGAAACCUCAAAACAACAAACCUAGCUAGCCGCUGGACACAUCUUGCCAUGAUGUUUCAAAGGCUAUUUCUUCUCCAGUCUUUCUUACUGUUUUCCUUAACCACUGCAACUGCAACUGCAAAACGUCUUAAUACUAUUCCAAGGCUUAGUCCAAUAGGGCCAAGAGUUUGGCAAGACCAGCCUGAUAAAACUACUUCGGGUGAAUUUGAUGGAGAAGAUUUUGAAACAUUUUUUUACAACCAAACACUUGAUCACUUCAACUAUAGGCCUGAAAGCUAUGACAAAUUUCCGCAACGAUAUUUGAUCAAUUCUAAGUAUUGGGGUGGUGCGAAUGUUAGUGCACCAAUCUUAGUUUGUCUGGGUGAAGAAGCACCGAUUGAUGGAGAUCUUGCCGCUGUUGGAUUUCUAGUUGACAACGCUGUUCAGUUUAAUUCUCUCCUGGUGUUUAUUGAGCACAGAUAUUAUGGAAAAUCAAUCCCAUUUGGAUCAAGGGAGGAAGCCUUGAAGGAUGCAAGCAAACUAGGGUAUUUCAACUCAGCCCAGGCUAUAGCAGACUAUGCAGCCAUUAUCAUUCACAUAAAGGAGACACUAAGGGCUCAAUAUUCUCCAGUUAUCGUCAUUGGAGGAUCAUAUGGUGGAAUGCUGGCUUCGUGGUUUCGGCUCAAGUACCCUCACAUUGCCCUCGGAGCCUUGGCCUCAUCAGCACCAAUUCUUUAUUUUGAUGAUAUCACACCACAGGAUGGAUACUAUUCUAUAGUCACCAAGGACUUUAGAGAAGCUAGUGAGACUUGCUACCAGACUAUAAAAACGUCAUGGUCAGAAAUUGAUGAACUUGCUUCCAAACCCGAUGGUCUCUCAAUGCUUAGCAAGAAAUUCAAGACUUGCAAUCCCUUGGCUGAUGCCAUUGAGCUCAAGGAUCACUUAGACACAAUGUAUGCUAGUGCUGCUCAGUACAACAGGCCACCAACAUAUCCGGUUAACGAGGUCUGUAAGGGCAUAGAUGGCGGUGGUUUUGGAGAUGAUAUUCUAAGCAGAAUAUUUGGUGGUCUUGUUGCUUAUAAUGGAAACCUCUCGUGCUAUGUCAAUGCACACACCGACCCAUCUGAAACAACUGUGGGGUGGCAAUGGCAGAGAUGCAGUGAGAUGGCGAUGCCUAUUGGUAUUGGGAAUAAUUCCAUGUUCCCACCAGAUCCUUUUGAUUUAGAAGACUAUAUAGAGAAUUGCAAGAGUUUGUAUGGUGUCCCAACUCGUCCUCAUUGGGUUACUACCUAUUACGGAGGUCAUAGUAUAAAAUUGAUUCUUCAAAGGUUUGCUAGCAAUAUCAUCUUCUCCAACGGGCUAAGAGAUCCUUACAGUAGUGGAGGGGUUUUGGAGAACAUUUCAGACACUGUUGUAGCUGUCAAAACCGUCAAUGGGUCUCAUUGCUUGGAUAUACUUUUUGCGAAGGAAACUGAUCCAGAAUGGUUGGUCACACAGCGAAAGAUAGAGAUCAAGAUUAUUAAAGAAUGGAUUAAUAAGUACUAUGCUGAUCUAACCAUGUUUUAGAUUCAUGCACACACAAAAAGUUGUUACCAAUAAAGGAAAAAAAGGCAGUGGAAAUUGAAAAUAUAUCAUUUUCUUAAUUUUCCCAGCUUAGAUUAAUUCUUAGCCAUCUGCAAUAAGAGUUGUAGAAAAUCUAUAGGAAGUUGGUAUUUAUUUAAAGGGAAACUCUAUGGAAGUUAUUAGUUGCUCAUA